GGUCACGUGACCGCAAUGGCGCAGCAGUUCUGGGUUCUGAGGUGCUGCUGCUGCCGCCGCUUCCAGGGGCAGCAGGCCAAGCGCAGCCGGCGGUGGAGCUGCAGCGUGUGCGGCCAGCGGCAGGCCGUGCAGAAGGUUUAUGGGCAGGGCUCGGGCCUGGAGUGCAGGCGCCACGUGCAGAAGCUGAACUUGCUGCAGGGUGAAGCGGAGGAGGCGCUGGGUUGGACAUCCCGGUGUGUAGAAGACUCUGUAAAUGACAGCAAAAAUAGAGAAGCACAGCAUGAGGACAGUUCAGUCCAGCAGGAGGGAAGGACAGAAGGCAGUCGCUGGAGUAAAUAUCUGGAGCAGGAGAGUGAGGAUCAAGAAGAUGAGGAGGAGGCAGCUCUGGAAAGGCAACAGUUCUGUUCCCAGAGAAAGAACACUGUGGGAGAACAAAGGAAACACCCAAAGCGCUUCCUCUCCAGUGCUGUUCCAGAGCAUGCAGAAGAAAGUGGAGCUUCUCAGCUUGUCUGUCAAGCCAAAAAAGUUAAAACCACUGAGUGCAAGAAAUGCUUUGUAGCAGUGCCUGAUGGGCGUGAUGGAGAUGCUGGUUCUGGAGGCAGUGUGGUUCCUGCUGUCCGUGAGACUCUAGUGCCAGAGGAGAAUACACAGCCCCCACCUGCUUGUACCAAACCAUCCAAGUGGGGAAAAUUUCUCUCAUUACGUGGCAGCUCUAGUGAAAAUGCUGCUGCAGUGACCAUGGCACUGCAGGAGGGCAGUGGGGGUGUGGGGCUGGACAGCACAGCUGCUGGUGGGGCCUGGAGGUGCUCAGAACAGGCUGGAAGAACUCUGCCUCAGGAUACAGGGUUUGAAUUUAAAAAGUGUGUUGCUAGCACUGAGGAUCUGGCCUCAACACUGCCCAGCAGCAGGUGCCCAGUUGAGGAUGUGCUCAGAGAACCUCACAAGCAAGUGUUAAGGGUGGGAUCUGCAGCAGGAAGGUGCUGCUUGGAUGCCACGGGGAGGGCAAACACCCUUGUUAACUCUUACCCUAGACCAAAGCUGAGCAACAUUUGUCAUGAGCAACUCUUCUGCACAGGUGAGGAGUUUGAUGAUGAUCUCUGAAGUUCAGGCAUCUUUGGCCUGUCUUUCUUGGCUCUAAUGCAUUUGAGAUAAUGUUUACUGAUACACUUUUGAACUAAUGGUGAUUUCACUCAAAGCCAUAGAGAACUGCACUAUUAAAGUUGUUUACUUGCUUGAUGGUUGUUUGGGGGGAAGAGAAGGACGGAGAAGAGACUGUUGCUCUCAGGUUGCAGGGUUGUCUAGCAACCUCAGCAGCUAGAAAUAGGAAUGGAAUUAGGUCAGCUUGGGGAAAGCUCCCAGGCUUUUAGGAUUCCUGGCCUGUACAAUUAAAUUCUGUGAUUGACUCCUCCU